AAUAUGGAUAAUUUAAUACGAGUUUUGGGAAAUUUUUGACGUUUUACAUGCAGUACGUUUAAGUACCAACCAUAGAUUCUAAACAAACCAAAACUACUAGCAAAUAGCAAUGCUCGUAGUUGCCUAACCAAUAUACUGUACCUAGGAAAUUGUGAUAGAAGACUAAAGUUUUAAAUUACUAAUGUUACAAUUGAAAAUAUUUGGAUUUUCUCCAUCUUGUCACAAAAAUAGUUUGUGCAAAAAGUUAUAAAAGUCUAAGACGCCACGGCCACAAGGGACCGGUUGAUUCUUUUCAUUAAAUUUCAAUGUGUUCUGGAAAUGGUUUGCAAAGAGGACGUGGUAUCAUGGUUUAAAGAAUUGGAAAGCUAUAAACGUAUAGACGCAAUGUGUACAUUACUAAAUAUGUGCUUGCCAUUCGAAUUACGUUUUAUCGGGACGUACUUAGAAGAGCUCGGUAAACGAGACUUUCAGGAGUUGCGUGGAGCGGAACUUAGGGCCAAUAAUCCAACAGAUCUUGCCGCCGAUAUUGGAGGAGCUGAUACAGACUCCAGAACACGACGAAAAAUGGCACUUUAUGUCUCUCUGUUAAGGUCAUGUAAUUUUGCAUGUGCUACAACAUUGUACAAUGCCAUGGUAAACUUAGAACAAAGUGGCCUUCUCAAAGGUCUAUAUGGCGAUCUGCUUGAAGAAAUAUUGCUGUUAUAUACUAUGGCUCUUCACCAUCCAGCAUUUACAUUUGACCAAAAGUCACAUUUUGGUGAAAUAUUAGAUAAGCUGAAAUUGGAAGAUCAACGGCUACAAUUUCAAGAGCAUCAAGAACAUCUCAAUGUAGUCCCAGUGAGUGGUUGCCAUACUCAAUCCAAUGUUACUCUAAACAUGUCAAUUCCACCUCCAAAUAUACCAAAUUUGGGGCCUCCUCCUGGUUUAAUGUUUGUGAAGACGUCUGGAGUUCAGCCCAACAGCUCAGAAGCAGUGCCAGAAAUCAGUUCACCACCAGUGCUCAAUACGGGCGGACUGCAGAUAUUACCUGAUGUGCCUCAUCCACCGCCUGGUUUGCCAAUACCACAAUAUAACAUAGGCGAAUUCAUAGGACCGCACACAUGGCCAGCUAAUAUUAUAGUAUCUCCACUUAAUCCGCCAAUGGAGGUAAUAAAUUACCAAGCAACUGGUGGUCCUCCACCUUCACCACUAGUAUCUUCUCCUGGGGACAGUCGUGCCGCAUCGCCUCGAUCUCGUCGCCGUUUAUCACGUGACCGUUCACCGCCGCUGCCAGAGCCGCCUAUACAACAUCUAUCUGCUAACUUUGACAGUCUUUCUGUUGGAGAGUUGCGACAUACAAUCGGCGAGGAACGUCUCCGUGAAAUCAGUGCGGUACACCAGUACCGGUCGCUGGAGAAACUAAACGGGGUGAGACGACGGGCAGCCUACUGUCCCCCUGCGACCUCGUCGGACUCCUCAAGUACGGGAUCCACACCCCCCGGGACCCCUGCGCCCCCGCAGCGUCGUCACACGCCCUCCGCACCGCCCCCCGGAACUGCCCCGCCCGUGCCCUUCAUACAGUACCCGCGCCCCUAUCCGUACCCCACGCCGCCUCCCGCGUACCGUCCGCCGCCCGCGCCUUUCGCGAAUGGUGAACCGCCGCCUUAUCCCGCCCCUGCCCCCUACGCAGGAUACGUGCCCGUCCUAUACGCGCCCCCCAAGCUCUCUUGCUGGAACUGCGGCGCUGCGGGACACGCCGGACAUGAAUGCAAAGAACCUAGUAUGGAAGAAAUGACCCGCGCGGGGGGCUAUCAGUUAGAUUUCGGCGGUGCCCCCCCUGAAGCGACGGAUAAAUAGAACCAACUGAAGAUCGCUUGGUCCUUCGAGCCGGAUGCCCGAGAGUGUGAGCUCGUCCGCCACGCCGGACAGUUAAGUGUGCGAAGGGUUCAUAACGAUAAAUGUAAGUGAUUGCACUUUUUUAGGAUUGCACUGAUUUAGGCCCAGUGAAUUGGUGUUAGAUAAGAAUACUUUUGCAAAGGUGCAAAUGGUACAUCCAGCAUAGAAAAUAAUCUGUAUUGAAAGUGCAGUUACGAAGAGAUUAUAACGUGGGAAUUCCAUCUAUUGCGAUAAUAUUAAUUCACAGCCAAAAUAUGUAUAAAUUACAAGUGCCAUUUAUGUUUAGUUCAAAAUCAGUAAAUGUUAUGUAAAAAUAAAAAGCAAAAAAAAAAAAAAAAAAAAAACCUAAAAAUACCAAAAA